AUGUCCACCCAUGCAGCUUCGCCGCCGUUGCGGCACUAUCUCCUUUCUUAUCCCAGGACUGCAUCCAACCUCGUCGUCAAGAUUCUCCACCUCGACUCGCAGCCCAGCGUCUCGUCUGGUGAGCUCGAUGGCGGCUACUUCUUCAUGCGCGCUGACGAUAUGCUCAUCGAGCCACACUUCCGGACCAAAUCUGUCGCCGACUGGACCUCCGAGGAGAGGAGCCAGGUGCAAAAGUGUUACCAGGGGUGCUUUGACGACAUGCGAACAUGGCUGGAUUCCCAGCACGCCCGCGGCCAGUGUGUUUUUGUCAAGGAGCACACCACCUUUCUCGCCAGGCCAGAGGAACGUAGCCGUCUGGUGCUUGGAACUGGCAUCCAUGGCGCGCCAUUGACGGUCGAGGACACGGCUGGCUCGACCUGGUCUGACCAAAAUUUCACCGUGUUGCCCGACGAGUUUCUCCAGACGUGGCUGCCGACUUUUCUCAUCAGGCACCCGGCUUUGGCGUUUCCGUCCUAUUAUCGGACCAUCGUCAAGAUGCGAGGUAACGAGGGAGCUGCGGCGGAUGAUUACGCAUCCUUCAUGACGUCGGUACAGUGGUCUCGCCAACUCCAUGACUUGUAUCUUCAAUGGCGGGACAAGCUGCCCUGCUCCGCCGACAAGAGAGACGUCUGGCCAAUUGUACUAGACGCAGACGACGUCAUAUCCAGCCCAGACACAAUGACGCUGUAUUGCCACAUGCUCGACAUGGAUCCGGCGAAACUACGAUUCACCUGGGACGAGCUCAAACAGAACCAUUUGUUGCACAUGGCUCCGUGUCAGCAGGUUAUGCGGUCUACCCUGCUCCAAUCUACCGGUGUUAUCAAAGCCAAGGCACAGAGCGAGAUUGAUAUUGCCGACGAGGCAGAGAAAUGGAAGACUGAAUUCGGAGCAGGUGCAGCUCAGCGUAUUGCCAAGAUGGUGCGCGAGGCCAUGCCAGAUUACGAAUAUCUGAGAGCGAAACGGCUGCGAGCAGAUGCAUGA